UGUGUGCGGCGGGCGCGGGGGGCGGGCGCUCGGCCGCGCGUCCUUGGCUGCCGCCGGGCGAUGCGAUUCCUCCGCUGAUCCGCCGCGGGCUCAACCGGCAGGAUGACGGUGGAGUUCGAGGAGUGCAUCAAGGACUCGCCCCGGUUCCGGGCAACCAUUGAUGAAGUGGAAACAGAUGUGGUGGAGAUAGAAGCAAAGCUUGAUAAGCUGGUGAAGCUCUGCAGUGGGAUGAUUGAAGCAGGCAAAGCCUACAUCACCACCAACAAGCACUUCGUCAGCGGAGUCCGGGACCUGUCGCAGCAGUGCAAGAAGGAUGAGAUGAUCUCGGAGUGCCUCGACAAGUUUGGAGACAGCCUGCAGGAAAUGAUUAACUACCACAUGAUCCUCUUUGACCAGGCUCAGAGGUCUGUCCGGCAGCAGCUGCACAAUUUUGUGAAAGACGACGUGCGGAAGUUCAAGGAGACGAAGAAGCAGUUCGACAAGGUGCGGGAGGACAUGGAGAUCUCCCUGGUGAAGAACGCCCAGGCCCCUCGCCACAAGCCUCACGAGGUGGAGGAGGCCACUGGCACCUUGACCAUCACCAGGAAGUGCUUCAGGCACCUGGCUCUGGACUAUGUGCUGCAGAUCAACGUCCUGCAGGCCAAGAAGAAGUUUGAGAUCCUGGAUGCAAUGCUGUCCUUCAUGCAUGCCCAGUACACCUUCUUCCAGCAGGGCUACAGCCUUCUCCAUGAACUGGAUCCCUACAUGAAGAAACUGGCCACAGAGCUGGACCAGCUGGUGAUUGACUCUGCAGUGGAGAAGAGGGAGAUGGAGCACAAGCAUGCACUGAUACAGCAGAGGACCCUCCUGCAGGACUUCUCCUAUGAUGACUCAAAAGUGGAGUUUAAUGUUGAUGCCCCAAAUGGAGUGGUGAUGGAAGGUUACCUCUUCAAGAGAGCCAGCAAUGCUUUCAAAACGUGGAACAGGAGGUGGUUCUCCAUCCAGAACAGCCAGCUGGUGUACCAGAAGAAGCUAAAGGAUGUCCUCACUGUCGUGGUGGAGGACCUGCGGCUCUGUACGGUGAAGCCUUGCGAAGACAUCGAGAGGAGGUUCUGCUUUGAGGUCGUCUCACCUACCAAGAGCUGCAUGCUGCAGGCUGACUCGGAGAAGCUGCGGCAGGCCUGGAUUCAGGCAGUGCAAGCCAGCAUCGCCUCUGCCUACCGGGAGAGCCCUGACAGCUACUACAUCGAGAGGCUGGACCGCACAGCUUCCCCCUCCACCAGCAGCAUCGACUCUGCCACUGACUCUCGGGAGCGCAGCGGGAAGGGGGAGAGCAUCCUGCAGAGAGUGCAGAGCAUCCCUGGCAACGACCAGUGCUGUGACUGUGGGCAGCCAGACCCUCGCUGGGCCAGCAUCAACCUGGGCAUUCUGCUGUGCAUUGAGUGCUCUGGCAUCCACAGGAGUCUGGGCGUUCACUGCUCCAAGGUCCGGUCCCUCACACUGGAUUCCUGGGAGCCAGAGUUGCUCAAGCUGAUGUGCGAGCUGGGGAACAGCACCAUGAAUCAGAUUUAUGAGGCACAGUGUGAAGAGCUGGGACUCAAGAAGCCAACAGCAGGGAGCUCCAGGCAGGACAAGGAGGCCUGGAUCAAGGUGAAGUACGUGGAGAAGAAGUUCCUGAAGAAGCUGCCCAGCGGGGAGAGCCUGGGGGAGAGCGAGCGCAAGCCGCGCCGCUGGUGCGUCAAGAAGUGCCAGAGGCACAACAGCACCACCAGGGCGCCCACGGCCCGCAGGAAGCAUCGCCACGAGGCAGGCAACGCUUCCCCGGCCAUGCUCUCCUCAGCAGCCACGCUGGAGAGGAAGUUCCGCCGAGACUCCCUCUUCUGCCCCGACGAGCUGGACUCCCUCUUCUCCUACUUCGACACCGGCGCUGGCUCUGGCCCACGCAGUGCCAGCCACAUCUCUAUGCAGCAUCCGCUAGCAGGUGGCCCAUGGAGUGGCAGUGGCAUUGGUCCCGGUGGGAGCGGUACGCCGUUCCUCCUGGACGGAGGUCUGAGCAGCGACAGUGGGCUGGGAGGAAGCACAGAUGGCAGCACUGACAUCCUGGUGUUCGGCUCGGUGGUGGACAGCGUGACAGAGGAAGAGUGUGAGGUGUCAGAGGAGUCGAGCGGCGAAGCAGAGAUCGAGCAGGAGGCGUCAGACCUGGAGGACCUGCGGGAGCUGCACCCUGGGUUGUUGAUCUACAAAGCGGCGCAAGCCCGAAACCUGCCCCUCAUGGCAGAAGCCCUUGCACACGGUGCUGAAAUCAACUGGGUGAACGAUGAGGAUGAGAACAAGACUCCUCUGAUCCAAGCUGUGAUGGGGGGCUCCCUGAUAGCCUGUGAGUUCCUGCUGCAGAAUGGGGCAGAUGUUAACCAAAGAGACAGCCGAGGCCGAGCUCCUUUGCAUCAUGCCACGUACCUGGGGCACACUGGUCAGGUCUGCUUGUUCCUCAAGCGAGGGGCGAACCAGCACGCGGUGGAUGGCGAUGGGCAAGACCCUCUCAGUAUUGCUGUCCAAGCAGCCAACGCAGACAUUGUCACCUUGCUGCGUCUGGCUCGAAUGAACGAGGAGAUGCGGGAAGCAGAAGGUCCCUUUGGACAGCCAGGUCAAUAUCCCAGCAACAGCCCUACUGAGCUGCAGUACAGGAAGUGUAUACAGGAGUUCAUCAGCCUUAAUAUAGAUGAGUGUUAGUGACAACUCCCCCAACCUCCCCUUUGCUGUCUUGAAGCUGGGCUGAACUUCCAGAAGCCCUGAGAAGCCCCAUCCUUGGUAUAUUGGUGUUUCUUGGUCUGUUCUUGAUGCCUGCACAUAGAGGUUGAGAUGCACACAGGAAGGAGAAGGGAUCUUUUUAACUCUCAGCAUUGAGUUCUCAUGCUUGACUACUGGAUGGUUUGAUUUGUUGUGUAGGAGGCUCCUAGGGCAUAACCACAGACCAUGGCGUGUGGAGUUGAGUGUGUGAGAAGUAUGGGAGAUGAGUUUAGCAUUAAACAAAGCAACCAACAAACUGAAAAUCAAAGGAGAAGAGAAGAGAAGGAAAGGAAAGUGUCACAAGGAGAAAACUCUCCAGGAACACGACUGGAUGAAGCUGUCUCUGCUCCAAGUGUAGUUGCUGUGCACUGAGUUCUCCUCUGAACACGUCGGAAGGGAUCCUGAUGUGGAACCUUCUCCUCCUGCCAGCGUGACCAGCAGCCUUGCUCUCUCUCUCUCUCAUGGGACUGCCACAGCUGCUGGGAGCUGCUGGGGGCAAAGCAGUUCAGAAAACUCUGAGAAGACCUCCGAGUCAGGACCAGGCUGUUUUGUGCCCCAGAAGGCACAAGAGAAGGGGUAGGAUCGAGACCUCAAUCGCUCUCAGGACCAGAGCAGCCACGCUCCCCCCUUUUUCCACAUUGCCCUUGGUGGUUAGCUGGUCAAAGCCAUAGCUCACCUGCUUCCUGGGCCAAGAUGCAGCCUGCACAGCGUUUUGGAAGCAGCAGUGCUAGCUGUUGCAUUUUGGGGGGAGGCUGGGAGAAGCCUGUUGCUGGCGAUGGGCUGUGUGUCAGGGAAGAAAAAGCCACCUCCAGCUCCCGCCGCCCGCGCGGCUGCUGCACGAUGCCAUUGGACUUGGGUUCAGAUUGUUUGCUUUUGGUCACUCUUUGGAUUUCUGACUCUCCAUCUCUCUGGAGGAGACUUCUGCUUGCAUGUCUGCCCCUCUCUGCUCUCCCCCCAGCAUGCUGAAGCUGUGUAAGUAGGGCAUCUCAGCAGCUGGCCCAGGGGCUUUUUGCAGCUCCCGAGUUCCAGCGAGCAGCAGGACCUUUGUUUCUUUCCUUUUUCUUGUGUUGCUCUUUGCUGGAGUUGGGGGGAAUUAGUUUCUACUUGGAGCACUUUGUUGCUGUGGUUUAUGAUCUGAGUCGACUGGGAUCAUGCCACAGGAGCUCCUCAUGCAAUCCUGGUUUGGGAGGAUGCUCAUACCGCUGGCAGGUUAUCCUCUGGCUAGGAGUCUGGAUGCCAAGCUGAGGUGUGCAGCUCUAAGAGCCUCUUCAGAAUGCCCUCAGCUGCAGUCAACGUUGGAGCUUUUCCAGUCCACAGCUGGGAUUCAGCCUGCCUGGGCACCUAGGCUGCUGGUCUAGGGUUGGGCCAUAGUGCCUUACAGAUAGUGCUGGGGUCUUGAGGGGGGAUCAGCAUCUCCCAGGAACAGCAGGCAGAGCUCCCCAUCCUCCUGCAUGCAAUCAGCAGCCACACACAAGCAUCUGAUUGGCCACCCAGUGCACAUUUUGUCUUCUUUACCCUCUCUCUGUGUGUUGGCUGCUCUUGUGCUGCAGCCCAGGGUGGGUUAAAGCCUUGGCAGGUUUGCUUCUGUUGCUGCCAUUGCAUCCUCAGGCACUGAAGCAACAGAGAUCCAGCUCUUCACUGCAGGUGUUGCCCUCAGACCGAGCCAUCAGCACUCAGUGUCCACCCACAGGUCUAGGAGUGGAGCAAAGAGGAACUCCACUUAGUGUCUAGCUGAGAUAUCCUCUCAGCUCCAGGGGCAGUCCCUGCUUCUGGUGGGAACUGCUGUCCCCCAGGUUUUGCUGCAGCCAGACCACAGACUCCUGUCUGUGCAGUCUGGGUCUUGAAGUCCAUCUUUUGUCUUCUUGUUUUCCCAUUCCUGGCUCCCUUGGAGCUUUGGGAUGCACAGAAUCCCAAGCAUGGUGGGGGUUGGAAGAGACCUCUGAAGAUCAGCUAGUCCAACCCCCCCUGCUAGAGCAGGAUCCCCUUGAGUGAAUCCCCCAGGAACACCCAGUGCUGAGUUCUGAUCUCGGUCCCAGUGGUCUGUUGUGAUUCUCCAAUAGUCCUUGGGACUGUGCUGAAGCUGCUGCAGAUCCACAGUGGUGCAGAAUCUGGCCCCAGGGCCUUUUGUGCUUCCCUGAAAACCAAUCUCCUUCCACCAGUCUGGGACAAGAAGAGGGAAUGACCUCGGCCCCAGCAGCCUUUUCACCACAGGCAGUGCCCUUUGAUGGCCUUUUCUCCAUCACCCCACUCUGUCCAGGAGGCCACUGCUCUGCACACAGCAUUCUGCUGCUGCAGCUGGGCUUGUGUGUGACCCUGCUGAGGGCUUGCAGGUGAGAUGCACCCCUUCCAUUCUGCCUUCUUAGCUGGUCUGAAGCUGUCCUGUCCUCUCUCACCAGGCAGUACUGCCUCUGAACUCCUCUCUGGGUAGAAGCUGUAGGACAUGCCACCAGGGCUUGGCAGAGGGCAGACCACUUGGUCUGUACCCAGGUUGUGCUCAGCUGUGGCAGCCUCAGGAGUGCUUUGGGGCUGUGUGCUGGGGGUGAGGCAGUGUGGUAUGAAAUGCAGCUCAGUUCCAGAGGAACUCUGGGCUGUGCAAACCCUUAGCUCAGGGCACCCUUCCUUUGUGAGCAGGCAGCACCUCCUGCCUGCAGCUGCCAGCUAUGGCUCUGGAGUGCAGUCAGGGCUGAGCCAGGCACGCACCUGUGUGACCCCCAGCCAGGGGGGCAGAUGUGUGCUCUGCAGUGCUGCUAGGUGGGCUCCUUCACUUGCUGCUUGCCGUGCCCUGGGUCCAAUGCCCUGCUUCCUGAUGCUUGUGUGAGGGCAGAGCCACAGCACCACUGCCCACUCAGCCUUUCUCUGGUGCAGGAUUGCCCCGAGGUUGCCACUCAGCACUCUCAUGGAGCUUCACCUCUUGGUCCUUUGUCUUCUUUCUGGUCCAAGUCACCCUAAUAUAAAUGGGCUUCCUCACUGGGCAAGGUGCUGCCUUCACUUGUGCAUCACUGCCCCAUCUGCCACCCUUUCCUUGUCACUUGAGCCCACUUGGCUUUGCAACUGCUGCUGGUGGUGUUCCUGCCAGCCUGAGUGGGGCCAGGAGCUGAUCUGUGCUCUUAAACAGAUCAGCUGUGGGCAAUGCCCUGCAGAGCUCCUGCUGCAGCAGAGCUCAGCUGGUGCUGGGUGCUGCUGCCCAGUGGCACAAGUCGUGGUGCUGAGCUGCUAGCAAUGCAGCAACGUCCUUAAGCAUGUCUCUGCUUUCAGCAGGACUCUGCCUCUGCUCAGGUCCUGCUGCUCACCCUCUGGCAUCCACACCAGCACUAGGAGUGCUCAGCACAGGAACCGAUGCCCAGCCAGGAACUCACUCACUCUGCUUCCUGAUUUAGGAGCUGAGAGGUUCUCUGUAAGGAGCUCUCUUGGAUAAUCCUCUCCCCUUUUUAUCCUGCUGUGCACUAAGCAGAUCUCUCCCUGCUGAUGUCCCCUCCAGCUGUGCCCUUUGCUAGCCAAAAGCCACUCUGACUCCAAGCUGGCACCUCUUAGGGCACAUCAGAGAUCUGAGGGAGAGUGAUCAGCUGUUUGACCACUGCCAUGGUGCUCCUCCAUGGAUGACUCUCAGCUGUGCCACUCUGACUCCAAGCUGGCACCUCUCAGGGUACAUCAGAGAUCUGAAGGAGAGUGAAUCUGCUAUUUGGCCACUGCCAUGGUGCUCCUCCAUGGAUGACUCUCAGCUGUGCCCUUUGCUAGCCAAAAGCCACUCUGACUCCAGGCUGGCACCUCUCAGGGUACAUCAGAGAUCUGAGGGAGAGUGAAUCAGCUGUUUGACCACUGCCAUGGUGCCCCUCCAUGGAUGACUUCCAGCAUGCUCCUCCUCAGGCAAUGCUUUCUUUUCUGCCAUGUACAGCAGCUCCAUCCACUCCCAGUUGCAUUCCCAGCUGCUUCUACAAGACCCAGUUGAGAACUGGGGUCCACUUUGGCUCAUUUGAUUUCACACCUCAGCAGCAGUGACCGAUGAGGAGGAGGAGGAGGAGGAGGAGAAGACAACAAACCCAAGCAAAUCAUGUACAGUUUUAGGUCCAAUUGAAGCUCAGACUCAACUGCUGAAGCAGCUGAAGUUCAACCCUGUGUAAAUAGUGAUGCAAAAGGGCAGUGUCUUGCAAGACAAUUCCUCUAUUUAACAUGUAUUGGUACUUUGAACUAUUUAGAGUCAAUGUAUAAAGCAACUUUGUGCA